AUGGCCGAUAAUGCCAUCGCAGGCGACGACGAGCUCCUGAAAAACAUUAAAACGCUCCUCUGGGGUUCGACCGUCAAGGAGGACGUUUUCAAGCGAUGGGCGCAAGGCUUUUACUUCAGCAUAGACGAACCUACUGCGCUUGUACAGAGAGAAGGUGGGCCAUGCGCUGUGAUAGCUGCAGUUCAAGCAUUUAUUCUGAAGCAGUUGCUGCUAGAGAGCGAUGUUAUAACUUGGAAAGCCAUCAAGGCCGAAAAAUGUGAUCAGUUGCUUGUGAAAGCCAUGACUGAAAUUAUAAAUCAAGCCGCCGAUAUUCAGGAUCCUAAGUAUUCAGUAGUACACAUCAAUGAUUCUAAUGGCUUUGCAUCUAGUAAAGAAGGCUCCGAUUCCAAAUCAGCCGAGUCGGCGGUGAAUUCAGCCCAAGAUGUUAGCGAGGGUAUUCAAAUUAAUGAGUCGCCGGCCACGAAACAAGCGUCGUUAGAAUCGGAAGUUUUUCAUUCUCAAUUAAGGAUAUUUACCACAAAUAGCAUCGAUGAUGUGGAGGACUUCUUCACAGAACGAAUCGGAAUGUUAAAAGAUCAAUGUGGUAUAUUGCUGCUACUUUAUACGGUGAUGUGUACAAAGGGAAUUUCGGAAAUAUGUUUCGAAAUGUCGGAUCCCACGGAACCCAUGAUCGAUUCUACCUAUGGAUAUGGAAGCCAAAGUUUAAUAAAUUUAAUGCUUACUGGCCGGGCAGUUAGUCAUGUCUGGGAUCACGAUCAAGAUAUUAGUGGAUUGAAAUUACGCGGUAUUGAUAAGCAGAACACAGUGGGAUUUCUCACUCUGCUAGAACAUUUACGAUACUGUGAAGUGGGAACAUUUUUAAAAUCGCCGUCGCAUUCAAUCUGGGUAUUAGGUUCAGACACGCAUUUAACUGUGCUCUUUUCUACGGAGAAAAGAUUAGUGAGUCCAGAAACGCCAUCAGAACAAGCGCGAAGAAUUUUCAAGCGUUUCGAUCCAGAAGGGAAUAACUUUAUCGCUGCAAAUUUACUGCAGGACGUGUUGGCGGAAUUAGGACUGGUAGCCGAUGAGGAAUAUGUCGAUAUUAUGAGGAAAAAACUAGAUGGUGAAAAUUUAGGGAUAAUACUUCUCGCGUCAUUUAUGGAUGAAUUCUUUCCCGAGGAACCACGUAUGUGCCCAGAUAUGUUCGUUUUGUAUCAUUACAAUGGUCUACAACGUAGCAAUCCGGAAAAUAGAGUGAAAUAUCACAAGGGACAAGCAGUAUUGCUUGAGUGCACUGUAAAAUGUAUCAUGGAUAGCAAUCCUAUGUUGACGGUCCUGCAAACGAAGUGGCCAAGGAUCGAGAUACAGUGGGACAUAGGACGAAAUCCUAGUUUAAAUUAGAAUUUAUAAACUCUGUAAUAUAUAUGUAUACAAUGGAGCUGACGCAUAGAGUGACCUGACCGAGCGCUUCUAUAGGAUAUUGAGAGGAUUACCAUUCUAAGAUCGUAGUCUAGUCAAAUCGGCCAUCUGGUUCGCAUUGGUGAAUAUACCGCAAGAAUAUCGAGUAUACCUGCCAAUAAGGAAUAUAUUAAUUAUUUCCACGAAAAUACAUAGUAUUCGUGACGCAUGGUCAGUAUGAAAAAAUCUCUUAAGGAUACAAUUUAUGUCAAAGUAUUGCACCACACUGACUGUGUGUCAACGAGAUUAAAAUAGUUUAUUUUUAUUGAAUGUUUUUUAUUGAAUAUAUUGUCAGAAGCAUAAUCUAAUAGUUCUCUAAUAUCUCUCAAGAAAGCUUAUUAACAAAAAAUUUCUCAGCACAAUAGAAUUUUACGAUGGUCGAUUGCAAGUAAUUUACAGUGACACGGUUAUCAAAAGAAUUCUCUGCUUACUCAUGCGGUUUACUUCAUAACGAAUUUCGUUAUAUCGCAUCCUAUACAGAAAAUAACGAACUCUACAUAGAUUUACAGCGUUCCAAUAAAAAAUUCAUUUUGUUAUAUAUUAUAUAGAUGAAAUGUUACUAAAGUAUUAUGAAACAUCAUUAUUUUGAAAUUUCUCGUGCGUUAUCAUUUCGCUAUUCUUGCCAUAAGAAUCAUUUAACUCAAAGCGACUUUGGAAAACGCCAUUUUAAUAAAGUUGUCAAGUUAAAUUUCAAGUUUCGAUUAAAAAUGUAAUAAAAAUCAGGGCUAUAUGAAUUUCUAAAAAAUUAACGCGCAAGGUAAAAUAUGGUGCGCACUCUUUCGGAAUACUACUUAAUAUAUCAUAAUUUUACUAGGUAGAUUUGGUCAAUGUUUAUUUUAUAUGACUUUUGCAAAACUGCAGUUACGGUGUUAAAUAAUAAACUUACUACUUUUGAAAAAUA